UACUGCUGGGCACGGAGCUGCCAUAACGGGGCCUAUUGCGCGCCAGACCCGAUCUCGAUGGGUUUGGGUUUGCUCGGCGUAAUGCGUCACAGUGACGGUCUGAUUAUACUACAUGCCGUCAUAGCAUUCAGGUCUGACGCAAACAUGACGAAGGCUUCUAUCGCCAAGUUAGACUGGCUGCUUGGAGAACGGACUUUUCGACUGUACGAAAGUCAUUGACUUUGGGACUCACCGAAUGCCCGUCGAUACGUCCAAUCUCACCUGCACUCCAUAACACUAGUUCGCCGACGGCAUAACUCCUUUUUUUCAGUGUAUACAUCCAUGGCGGAAGUCUACAAGAUGAACGCCGUCAACAGUGCCGGUGCUCUGAUCCGUGGUUUCGAACAUCUGACGCGCAGUGAUGUCGCCUUAGUUGGCGGCAAGAAUUCCUCCAUCGGCGAGAUGAUCGGUGCCCUUGGAGCCGAGGGGAUCGCCGUACCACCUGGUUUUUCAACGACUUCAGACGCGUAUUGGCAGUACAUUGACGCGAACGGUAUCCGGGAGAAGAUAGCUACGCUGGUCGCGGAAUGGCAAUCAGGCAAAGCGAGUCUUGUUGAGACCGGCCAUGCGGUGCGACGUCUGUUCCUCCGCGGUACCUGGCCAGAAGAUGCGGCAGCCGCAAUCAGGACCGCCUAUCGGCAGCUUUCGGCAAAAGCAGGAACUGAGAACUUGAGUGUUGCCGUUCGCUCCAGUGCAACAGCCGAGGACCUGCCUGAUGCAAGUUUCGCCGGCCAGCUAGAGUCUUAUCUGAACAUCACGGGCCAAGAUGCACUCCUGGAUGCAUGCCGGCGCUGCUAUGCUUCGCUUUUCACCGACCGAGCCAUCAGCUAUCGUCAAACCAAAGGAUUCGAUCACAUGAAGAUCGCGCUUUCGGUUGGAGUGCAGCGUAUGGUUCGCUCCGAUGCCAGUGGCUCCGGCGUCAUGUUUUCCAUCGACACCGAAAGUGGCUUCGGUAAGGUUGUGCUUAUCAACGCGGCCUGGGGACUCGGAGAGAAUAUCGUACAGGGAACUGUCAACCCCGAUGAAUAUCAAGUCUUCAAACCGCUUCUAGGAGAUGCCAACCUGGCCCCGAUCAUCGAGAAGAAGCGCGGCGAGAAAGCGAUCAAAAUGAUCUACGGCCGUGACGAAACGCGAACCCGCAACGUGCCUACCUCUAAAGCAGAGAGAGCCUCUUUUGUGCUUAGCGAUAACGAAAUCCUCCAGCUAGGGCGUUGGGCAUGUACGGUCGAAAAGCACUACGGGUGCCCGAUGGACAUGGAAUGGGCCAAGGACGGCAUUACGGGCGAACUGUUUAUCGUCCAAGCUCGGCCGGAAACCGUUCACUCUCGCCGUGACUCUGCCAUAUUCAAAACCUACGACGUCGGCAAGAAGGGCCGUGUUCUGGCCACCGGUGUUUCGGUCGGCAAUGCGGCUGUCUCAGGCCGCGUCUGCCUCAUCGAAGCCGCCAAAGAUAUCGACAAGUUUAUCGACGGCUCGGUUUUGGUGACGGGCGCCACUGACCCGGAUUGGGUGCCUAUCAUGAAGCGGGCUGCGGCCAUAGUCACCGACCAUGGCGGGCGUACAUCUCACGCCGCGAUCGUCAGCCGCGAAUUGGGCCUCCCGGCCGUCGUAGGUACCACUCAUGCCACCUACGUGCUGCACACGGGCCAGGAUGUUACCGUCUCCUGCGCCGAGAGCGACAUCGGCUUCGUAUACGAGGGUAUCUCCGACAUUACUACCAAGACAAUGGAUCCGACCGGGCUGCGGGCGGUGCGGACGAACAUCAUGCUCAAUCUUGCUAAUCCUGCGGCGGCCUAUCGCUGGUGGAGACUUCCAGCUGACGGGAUCGGCCUUGCCCGCAUGGAGUUUGUCGUCACGAACGCUAUUCAGGUUCACCCCAUGGCGCUUGUCCACUUUGACCGGCUGAAGGAUGCAAAGGCCAAGGAGGAGAUCGUCCGACUAACGGUCGGAUACGACCACAAGCCAGAUUACUUCGUCGACAAGCUGUCGCACGGUUUCGCAGCCCUUUGCGCCACUGUCCAUCCCAAGCCGGCCAUCAUCCGCAUGAGCGACUUCAAAACGAAUGAAUACGCCGGCCUCAUCGGCGGCGCUGAGUUCGAGCCAAAGGAGGAUAAUCCGAUGCUCGGCUUCCGCGGCGCGUCGCGCUACUACUCGCCGCACUACAAGGAGGGUUUCGCGCUCGAGUGCCGCGCUAUCAAGCAUCUACGCGAAGUGAUGGGCUUCACCAAUGCCAUCGUGAUGAUACCUUUCUGCCGGACUGUCGGCGAGGCGAAGAAGGUGCUGGAAGUUAUGGCUGAGAACGGACUUAGGCGUGGCGACAACGGCCUUAAAGUGUACGUCAUGUGCGAGAUCCCGUCCAAUGUCAUUCUGGCGGCCGAGUUCGCCGAGCACUUUGACGGUUUCUCUAUCGGCUCCAACGAUCUGACGCAGCUGACCCUUGGCGUCGACCGCGACUCUGGUGAGCUGGCCGAUUUGUUCAACGAGCAGGACGAAGCGGUUAAGUGGAUGAUUGCACGGGUCACCUCGGCGGCCCGCAAGGCGGGCCGCAAAAUUGGCAUCUGCGGACAAGCGCCAAGCGACCAUCCGGCCUUCGCGAAGUUCCUGGUCGAGGCCGGUAUCAAUUCUAUUUCUGUCAGCCCCGACAGCUUUCUUGCAGUGAAGCAGCACGUGGCCGAUAGCGAGGGGGCAUAAUUUUCAGUGUAUCUGUCUUAGGCUUGGCCUAGCGUUGCAUAUAAGGUAGUACAGAGUGCUCUCUUGCUUUUCAUUCAAUGCUCCUCAAAUCCACAGUUACAAAGUGCGACAUCAACCUUAGCUUGAGGAGGCGGGGAUCAAGUUACGGCUGUUUAAAUAUGGUGCAUUAGCACGUCCUUGUGCACGAGGUUGGCCAACCACCCUUUGGCAUGAACUGUAAAACUACUGUUGUGCACAGUGAGGACCACGGACAUGAUUGAUUUUAUCUAUUAGCGCGCCAUAAAUGCACACCGUGCAGUUA